CUGGGUGAACAAAACCUUCAAGGAACACACCUCAAUCAACCGGAGUAUUUAUUUGUACCGCAUUAUACUCAACAUUCGCUCGGCAGAUUACUCAUCCUCAAUUCUAUGUGUGUCAGACUAUAUUAUUCCGUGCCUUGUCUGACAGAUAACCUCAUCUUAUCAUCGAGUGAGUUAAUAGUCACAGGGGAGGGCGGACGAAAUGACGCAUCUCACAACCAGCGCUUCCAAAGCCCCUGCAAAGGGCGAGAAGUCAAGGGAUUCUGCUGCCAUCACCGCUGGUGCCAUUGACGAUGGGAGUGACCAAGACUUGAGUGUGCAAGACGAAAAGAAAGUAGUUGUUAGCAGAACGAUAGACCACAAACCAAUCACGAGUCAAAAUGGUACUGAAGAAAACGGGGUGAAAAAAGUAAGGAAAUUCGCCGGAGAGAGCUUCGAAGAGGCUUCUUUAUGGGACGCAUUUUGCACGUAUCUUUGCUACGCUGUCCUCGUCAUUGUUGGCUAUGUCAACGACUUUAUUAGACCACGGACAACACUGGAGAAAAAUCGAGAGGGUUACGUAUCGCUUUAUGCGUCCUUUGAAAGUUUCUACACUCGCCAUGUCUACCGGAGAAUUCGAGACUGUUGGAACAUGCCCGUGUCGAGCGUUCCUGGCAAAUAUAUCACCCUCAUGGAACGUCAGUCUGACGAUUAUGGAUGGACUUUCGAGUACACAGGAAAAUCUGUCACGUGUGCAAACCUCGGUUCCUAUAAUUAUUUAGGAUUUGCAGAAAACCAUGGACCAUGUGCAGAUGCAGCGAUUAAAAUGGUGCACGAGUUUGGCGUAGCCACUUGCAGUCCGAGACGUGAGAUGGGGAAUGCAACCUUCCACGACGAGUUGGAUAAGUUGGUCGCAACAUUUGUGGGGACUGAAGAUGCCAUUACUUGUGCCAUGGGAUUUGCCACGAAUACACUCAACUUACCUGCAAUUUUGAACCAGGGCUGUUUAGUCAUUAGUGAUGCAAAAAAUCACGCCUCCAUCAUUUUAGGACUUCGCUUAUCUAGAGCUACGAUACGCGUGUUUAAACACAAUAACAUGAAGAGCCUCGAAAAACGGAUUCGUGAAGCAAUUAUUCAGGGUCAGCCUAGAACUCACUUGCCUUGGGAGAAAAUUUUUAUCGUAGUUGAAGGAGUGUACAGCAUGGAGGGUUCCAUUGCCCGACUUCCAGAAAUGAUUGAACUGAAAAAGAAAUAUGGGGUUUACAUUUACCUGGAUGAAGCUCACAGUGUUGGAGCCAUGGGUCCACGUGGAAGGGGUGUCGUAGACUACUGGGGUUGUGAUCCAAGCGAUGUUGAUAUUUUGAUGGGAACAUUUACAAAAAGUUUUGGAUCUGCUGGUGGUUACAUUGCCGGUUCAAAGGAACUGAUUGGGAUGAUCCGAAGACACAGCCAUGCACAUUGUUACGCAACGGCCAUGUCACCUCCAAUAGCUCAACAAAUUAUAUCUUCCAUGAGAAUCAUUAUGGGCAUGGAUGGAACCAAGGAGGGAAUCAAGAGAAUUCGCCAGCUUCGCCGUAAUGCUCGCUAUUUCCGCAUGAGGUUGAAGAAAGCUGGAUUCAUUGUUUAUGGGAAUGACGACUCUCCGGUUGUUCCGACUGCUCUGUACAUGCCUUCAAAAAUUGGAUACACUGUUCGAGAAAUGAUAAAACGAGGUGUUGCAACGGUUGGAGUUGGGUUUCCUGCUACUUUAUUAGUUGAAGGAAGGACGAGAUUUUGCAUAAGUUCCUCCCACACAAAGGAAAUCUUGGAUCAUGCAUACGAAGCAAUGUGCGAAGUUGGACAUAAUAUCAUGAUCCGAAACUCGAAACUUCCACUACCAACGGAAGAAGUCGUAUAUGCUGACGGCAGUGUUGAUGAUGAUGACGAUCUUUACUGAUGUGCAUUGUGCCAGUCUUUUAGUAUCACAUACGCUGCCCAUUCCGAAGAAAAUAGCGAUCCAAUCAUUCAAUAACUUUAUCAAAUCCCGAGUAUAUACAUACGCAUGUAUAAAUAAUAUAUGCCUAUAAAUUACAAGUUGAGACAGACUGCAUUUGCAGGCAUUUUUUAUGUAGGUCAUACAUAAAAAUCUAUAAAAGUGCCGAGUAUUAUUACUAUUAUUAUUUUUAUUAUUAUUGUCUGCCUUUGUUGAGUUAAUAUACCCAUUUACCUUCACAGUACAUAUAUCUGGGUUUACUAGCUGCAAUGAAGUUACACUAAUCCUAAAUAGUGUGUAUGUUGUGCCUUCGAAAUUAUAGCAAACUUCCUUGUAUAUCAAAUAACCAAUUUGUCUACUUAAUGAUAAUUCAUAUCUACGUUAGUAAUAAUGUCGAUAGUGCGCAUGUGUUCAUGCUGCGUCAGGAAAUUUCAAUUUUCCAAAUGAGCAUUGAUAGACCAUUAUUCUGAUUGAUUUUUUUGCCAAUCGUGUAAUAUAUCUAACAUUGACUUGUGUGCUAUUCUACAUUUCCUAUCUGAAUCAUUCAAUAAGGUCCAACCAUAGGACCUUAAUUCCUAUGAGCUUCGACUACGUUUAUAUAACAACUUCUUAACAAAAUUCCGAUCCGAGUAAUUACUUAAUUAUUUAUAUUACAUAAUUAGUUACCGGUAAUUCUGUGUUCUUUUUUAUCAUAAUGCCAAUUGAAAACUUAGUUGUUCCAUGCUAUACAAUUUACAGUCAUUUGGUUUGCUUAAAGGGCAUAAUAGUAUUUUUAUUAUUAUUGUUAUCGCUAUAAAAAUAAGUAAUGGUGAAUAAAUAAAUUGUCUACUGGUCAAAGCAGCAAAAAAUGUUUGCUAAUAA